UUCCCUUCUUCUAAUUGAUUAUAUUCUACCUCCAAAAAACAAAGAAAAAAAGAAAAUCUAAAAAGCCGUUACCGUUCUCGGUGUGAUCGUCGGCGGAUGCGAGAAAGGAUUCAAUGGAGGGUAUUUCCAAACUCUAGUCCUUUGGAACCAUGCUCCUUCUUUUCACCAUUUUCACUCCCAAACUAGUUCGUUCUUUUACCUUCUCUUCCAAUCCUUCCUCGAACAGUCGAUGUCUUCAAACCUUACUAAAAUCUGGCUUCUCUCCUACUCUGAAAUCCAUCAACCACUUCUUUCGUUUUCUCUACCACAAUCGCAGAUUCGACUAUGUCAUCCAUUUCUUCUACCAAUUAAACGCCAACCAAAUCAAAGGAAACUCCAAAACUCACUUGAUUCUUUCAUGGGCUCUCCUUAAAUCCCAUAAAUAUGACGAUUUGGAGCAAAUAUUGAAGACCCAGAUGCUGGUUUCUUCAAUUUUUCAUCGAAAUCGCCUUUGGAACUUGUUGAUUCGAGGAAUUUGUGUCAACAAAGAAGACCCAGGAAAGGCAUUGUGGGUUUUGCAGGACUGCUUCAGAAAUCAUGCUAUCUUGCCUUCUUCUUUCACUUUCUGUGUGUUGAUUCAUAAAUUUUGUUCUCUUGGAAUGAUGGAUAAGGCAGUUGAGAUUCUAGAGUUAAUGUCUGAUGAGAAUGUGAAUUACCCAUUUGAUAAUUUUGUCUGUAGUUCUGUAAUUUCUGGGUUCUGUAAUAUUGGAAAACCGGAAUUGGCUCUAAAGUUUUUCGAAAAUGCUAAAACACUGGGAAAUUUGAAACCUAAUUUGGUGACUUAUACUGCAGUGAUUGGCGCACUCUGUAAGUUGCAUAGAGUUAAUCAAGUUUCGGAUUUGGUUUGUGAAAUGGAGAAGGAAAAUUUGGCAUUUGAUGUUGUUUUCUAUAGUUGUUGGAUUUGUGGGUAUAUUGCUGAGGGUAUGUUAUUGGAUGCUUUCAAAAGGAACAGGGAAAUGGUUCAGAAGGGAAUAAGACCUGAUACAAUAAGUUGUACCAUUUUGAUAUAUGGUCUUUCCAAGCUGGGAAAUGUGGAGAAGGCAUUUGGGGUUUUAGAGAGAAUGAGGAAAUCGGGAUUAGAACUGAGUUCGGUUACGUAUACGGUGAUUAUGCUAGGGUUUUGUAAGAAAGGGAAACUGGAGGAAGCGUUUUCUCUUUUCGAAAUGGUUAAGGGUUUGGAGAUGGAGGUUGAUGAAUUUAUGUAUGCAACUCUGAUUGAUGGAUGUUGCAGAAAAGGAGAUUUUGAUCGUGUUUUUGGCCUUCUUGAUGAAAUGGAAACAAGAGGGAUGAAAUCGAGUAUUGUUACAUACAAUACUGUGAUUAAUGGACUCUGCAAAUGGGGGAGAACAUCUGAGGCAGAUAGACUAUCGAAGGGCUUACAUGGUGAUGUUAUUACAUAUAGUACACUGUUACAUGGAUACAUUCAAGAACAAAACAUCACUGGAAUUUUCGAAACAAAGAGAAGACUUGAAGAUGCUGGGAUUUCUCUGGAUGUUAUCAUGUGUAAUGUUCUGAUAAAAGCACUGUUUAUGGUUGGCGCGUAUGAAGAUGCUUAUAUACUCUACAAGAGAAUGCCGGAAAUUGGUCUGGCUGCAAAUUCAGUUACUUACCAUACAUUGAUUAAUGGAUAUUGUAAUAUUUGUAGGAUAGACGAAGCAUUUGAGAUAUUCAAUGAGUUCAAGUUAGCGUCAUGCGAUUCAGUAGCUGUUUACAAUAGUAUUAUUAAAGCACUAUGCAGAGAAGGUCGUGGAGAAAAGGCUUUUGAGGUGUUUAUUGAACUGAACCUCAAUGUUCUGACUUUGGAUGUAGGUGUGUGUAAGAUGCUUAUCAGAACCAUUUUUGAAGAGAAAGGUGCAGCUGGGCUUUGUGAAGCACUCUAUGGGAUGGAAAAAGUGGAACAAGAUGUAUACAAUAAUACAUGCAAUGAUGCUAUUCGGUUUCUGUGCAAGAGAGGUUUCUCAGAGAUGGCGAGUGAAUUUUAUUCAAGGAUGAUGAGAACCCGUUUGCUUCUUGAAAAGAAAACAUUUUAUUUCCUCAUAAAGGCGUUGAAUAGUGAAGGGAAGACAUGGAUUAGUCGGCCUAUUUUCAGUAACUUUUUGAAAGAAUAUGGCCUAUUUGAUCCCAUUGUUAAGCAGAUUAUUGUGGACUUUGAAUGCACAAAGUUCACUCUCCCAACUUCAGAGAAAAUGGAAGAGAGUUUUUCAAGAUUUAUGGUACCUAAUUCUAUGUUUAAAAGGCUAGUAAAAGAAAAAAGAUUUUUUGAUGCUUAUAACCUUGUAAUGAAGAGAGGAAAUAAUCUCUUGCUUGGUGACGUAUUUGAUUAUUCAACUCUGGUUCAUGGUCUUUGUAAAGGUGGACAAAUGAGUGAAGCAUUAGAUAUCUGCGUUUCUGCCAAAACAAAUGGAAUGAAGUUGAAUAUUAUCUGCUAUAAUAUAGUCAUAAAGGGACUGUGCCUCCAAAGUCGUCUUAUCCAAGCAUUCCAGCUCUUUGAUUCACUGGAAAGAUUAGGCUUAAUACCUACUGAAAUCACAUAUGGGACUCUAAUUGACUCCUUAUGCAGAGAAGGAUACCUGGAAGAUGCAAGGCAGUUGUUCGAGAGGAUGAUCCCAAAAGGUCUUAAACCGAAUACCCAUAUUUACAAUUCACUGAUUGAUGGUUACAUCAGGAUUGGUCAAAUUGAAGAAGCCUUUAAGCUUUUGCAUGAAUUAAGGACAGGAGCCUUUAAUCCCGAUGAAUUCUCUGUGAGCUCUGCAAUCAAGGCUUAUUGCCAAAAAGGUGACAUGGAAGGUGCUCUUUCCUUCUUUUUUGAGUUCAAGAAUGAAGGCAUUUCACCUGAUUUCUUGGGCUUCUUAUAUUUGAUAAGAGGACUUUGUGCCAAGGGAAGAAUGGAAGAAGCAAGGGACAUACUCCGUGAGACAAUACAGUCCCAGUCGGUGAUGGAGUUGAUUAACAAGGUUGAUACUGAGAUCGAAGCUGAGUCUAUAGGAAGCGCCCUCACCCAUUUAUGCGAGGAAGGACGUAUCUUAGAAGCAUACACCAUUUUAAAUGAAGUUGGCACUAUAUUUUUCUCUGCUCAUCAGCAUUCUACUAUUUACAAUCAACCUCGUAAAUUGCAUAUGAAUGACGAGAGAUCUGUAGAUAUUAUUCAUUCUGGACCCAAGGCCUGCUCAUAUGCCAGUUUUCCAAAUUUUGGAUCCUCAGAUGUUAAUACAACCGAAAACAUGGAGCACGAGAAUCUGGAAAAGAGGGCUCAUUUUGAAGAUUUCAACUUCUACUAUACUCUGCUUUCUUCCUUUUGUUCUGAAGGAAAUGUUCAAAAAGCUACUCAAUUAGUGAAAGAAGUAAUUUCCAAUUUAGACAGAGGCUAAUUGUACAGGAAGAAAACAAAAUAACUUGGCUUCUUCAAUGUGGGGGAAAAAGGAAAAGAAUUUCUAUCCCCCAUCGGCAAAGGAAAUUCUCUCUGACCUGGAUGGAGGCUGAUUGCACAACAGCAAUGGUCUUGAUUAUCUCUCCAAGGAGUUCCCUCUCCAUUAAUGUGAAAAGCGUAGCAUUGCUCUGGACAGCCAUACAGCAGCAAUUGUAGCUGGAAAUAAUGGAAUCCCUGUGAGAAUUAUGCCUGGCUAGGAAUUUGGUUAAGCAAGUGGGAUGGCUUCCUUUGACAAGUGAGGGAGUGAGAAAUGGCUCAACUUAAAGCAUCUAACUUUUGUAGGAUUUGUUGCUGAUGUAGUUGCAGCUAUUGAGAUCAGGGGUGUACCGUACGUGCAAUGACUUUUGGGAACCUAAAUCUUGAGUUAUUUUUCCAAUGUGUAUACAAUGGCUCAGGUCAUGUCAAAUCUUGCUAAUUCCCACGUUCUCAAACAUUCACAAGAUACACAACUCUACAAACUAACCUUGCAACUUUACCAUUGCCAUGAUCGUUUCUCAUGCAGCAACACAUGUCGCCGAGGAAGAACCUAUACAAUUACUAGAACGGAUCCUGCUGUUGCCAUAGAAGUGAAUCCUCCAACAAUGACUUUCCAGUUCGGUUCUUCGAGAACACUUCUUCAGUUAUUCUUGCAGCAGCUCGAUCAGUGACGGGAACAUAAUUUCUGUGAGAUUCUAUUGAAGGGGGCAGUAGGGGGCACAAGAUUAGAAUACCUGUAGUGGCCAUGAUAUACCAAUGAUGGUUGAUUCAGAAAAAAAAGAAAGUUGAAAGCUCAUGUGGUUGUAAUAUUUUUUUUUGUAUUUUUUUGGAACAAGCUAAAAUAGGAUGUUAGGUGUAAUUUGGAUGUAAAAAUCAACCUUAGAACAAGAAGUGAGGAGGCUCAUGGUUUCUUCCACAUAAGUUUUGAUUUCCUAGUUUCUCUAGCUUCCAUUAGUAAACAUUUAAAUUUUAGUGUUUGGUUUUUGAA